AUGCGAAGUCUCCGAACGGAAGUGAAGGGGGUUGCUCAAAUCAACAUUAAGAAAUAUGAUACAUCUAGAGUUUCAUAUCUAUCUAUCUAUCUAUCUAUCUAUCUAUCUAUCUAUCUAUCUAUCUAUCUAAGCCUUUCCAUAUCUAUCUAUCUAUCUAUCUAUCUAUCUAUCUAUCUAUCUAUCUAUCUAAGCCUUUCUAUAUCUAUCUAUCUAUCUAUCUAUCUAUCUAAGCCUUUCCAUAUCUAUCUAUCUAAAUCUAUCUACCUCAAUCUGUUCAGUUCUAUCUAUCUAUCUAUCUAUCUAUCUAUCUAUCUAUCUAUCUAUCUAUCUAUCUAUCUAAGCCUUUCCAUAUCUAUCAACGUCUUUCCAUAUCUAUCUAUCUAUCUCUCUGUCUCUCUCUGUAUUUAUAUAUAUAAGCCUUUCUCUAUCUAUCUAUCUAUCUAUCUAUCUCAUUCCGUUAGAAAUCUAUCUCAAUCUGUUCAUUUCUGUCUAUCUAUCUAUCUAUCUAUCUAUCUAUCUAUCUAUCUAUCUAUGACAGUUGAUUUAUUUGUCCUAUCAAAGUCUGGAUUCCUACUUUGUUCUGGGAUGAGAAGUAAAAGAAUAUGUUUUGCCAUUAUUCGUAUCUAUCUAUCUAUCUAUCUAUCUAUCUAUCUCUUUCUGUGCAUAUCUCUCACUUUCUCUGUAUAA